AUGGCGACUCACGGUAGCCACGCCUCGGCGACGACGGCAAAGGAGUACGCCGGCCACGGGUUCUUCCAGCAAGACGUUGAGAUGGGCGCCCCCGACGCCCACCUGUUCAACACCACGGUGCACAACGUCUCGUGGGACGCCGUCGAGGUCACCGUCAAGGACAGGGAGACGAAGAAACCAAAGAAGAUUGUCGACCAAGUCGAUGGCCUCGUCGAAGCAGGCGAGAUCUGCGCCCUCAUGGGCCCCUCGGGCUGCGGCAAGACGACGCUCCUCAACUUCCUCGCCGGCCGCCCGACCAACGCGUCUUCCGUCGGCGGCGCCGUCCUCGUCAACGGCGCGACGCCCUCGCGCUCCGACUUCCGACGCAUCAGCUGCUUCGUCGAGCAGGAGGACGCCCUCAUCGGCUCCCUGACCGUCCGCGAGACCCUGCUCUUCACCUCGCGCCUCGCCUCCUCCUCCCUGCCCGCCGCCGAGCGCAUCGCCCGCGUCGACGGCCUGCUGGCCGCCUUCGGCCUCGAGGACCAGGCCGACACCAUCGUCGGCACGCCCAUCCGCAAGGGCAUCUCGGGCGGCCAGAAGAGGCGCGUCGGCGUCGCCAGCCAGCUCAUCACGAGCCCCAAGAUCCUGUUCCUCGACGAGCCCACCAGCGGCCUCGACUCGGCCGCCAGCUACGAGGUCGUUAGCUACCUGAGGAAAGUCGCCAAGCGGAGCAAUCUCGUCGUUAUCGCGUCCAUCCACCAACCCUCGUCGUCCACCUUCAACCUCUUCGACAAGCUCCUCCUCCUCUCCGCCGGCCGCACCCACUACUUCGGCCCCGUCGACGGCGUCGUCCCCUACUACGAGUCCCUGGGCAUGCCCAUCCCGCUGCAGGUGAACCCGGCCGAGCACGUGCUCGAGCUCGUCAACACCGACUUCGUCCGCGACAAGCGCGAGGCCGCCGCGCGCCUCGAGGCCAUGCGCGCCGCCUGGGACGAGUCGGCCCCGGCCAAGGACCUGCGCGUGGCCGUCGCCGACGUCCGGCGCCACGGUGACGGCACCUCCGCCGUCGUCGCCGCCGCCGACGACGACGAGACGAAGCCGAACCUCGCAAGCCUCGUCGUCACGCUCCUGCACCGCGGCUUCGUCAAGAGCUACCGCGACGUCGUCGCCUACGGCAUCCGCUUCGCCAUGUACACGGGCCUCGCCCUCAUGAUGGGCACCGUGUGGGUGCGCCUCUCGACGGACCAGUCCUCCAUCAUCCCGCUGACCAACGCCAUCUUCUUCGGCGGCGCCUUCAUGUCCUUCAUGGCCGUCGCCUACGUCCCGGCCUUCCUCGAGGACCGCAGCCAGUACGUCAAGGAGCACCACAACGGCCUGUACGGCGCCACGGCGCUGCUCGUCUCCAACUUCCUCCUCGGCCUGCCGUACCUCUUCCUCAUCGCCCUCGUCUUCUCCGCCAUCUCCUACUGGCUGUCCAACUUCCGCCCGGCCGCCGACGCCUUCUUCGUCUGGGUCCUCUGGCUCUUCCUCGACCUGCUCGCCGCCGAGAGCCUCGUCGUCCUCUUCACCUCGCUGUUCCCGAGCUUCGUCGUCAGCCUCGCCCUCGUCGCCUUCGCCAACGGCCUGUGGAUGAGCGUCAACGGCUUCAUGGUCUCCCCCACCAUCCUCAACGCCUUCUACCGCUACGUCUUCCACUACUGGGACUACCAGAAGUACGUCUUCGAGGGCAUGAUGCGUAACGAGUUCGCCGAGAGGACCUACACCUGCGGCGACGGCUGCCGCUGCAUGUUCCAGACGCCGCUGGCCGGCGAGUGCAAGAUCGCCGGCCAGGGCGUGCUGGACACCUACGGCUACACCGAGGACCACUUCGCGAGGAACGUCGGCAUCAUGCUCGCCAUCAUCGCCGGCUACAGGCUCGCGGCGUGGGCCGUCUUGAAGCUGAAGAAGAACUGA